AUGACUGCUUCACAAUAUGCAACAUCCUCUUCCUGGACAUCAUUCCUUAAAUCAUUGGCCUCGUUCACUGGUGAUAUAUCCUCUCUAACAGCACCACCAUUUAUACUGUCUCCAGUAUCAUUAUGUGAAUUUCCGAAAUAUUGGGCUGAACAUCCGGACUUAUUCCUACAGGCAUCAUUCAUCAAUGAGCAGAAUUAUAAAUCGUAUUUCCCUGAAGAUCCAAAUAUUUGCUCACCUGAAAUGGCACGUACACUGGCAGUAACUAAAUGGUUUAUAUCCAUAUUAAGAUCACAAUAUUUCUCCAGAAAUGAGGCUGAGGGAUCAGAAAAGAAACCUCUGAACCCAUUCCUUGGUGAAUUAUUUGUUGGUAAGUGGGAUAACAAAAAAAAUGAAGAAUUUGGCGAAACUAUCCUGUUAGCUGAACAAGUGUCUCAUCAUCCGCCAAAAACUGCAUAUUCCAUAUUUAAUGAUAAGAAUGAUGUUAAAUUGCAAGGUUAUAGUCAAAUUAAGGCUUCAUUUAGCAAAACAUUAACGUUACAAGUGAAACAAUAUGGACAUUCAUUAUUAUCUAUAAAAGAUGAACAUUAUUUGAUAACACCACCUCCAUUGCAUGUAGAAGGGAUUCUUGUUGCAUCCCCCUUUGUUGAAUUAGAGGGAAGAUCGUAUAUUCAAUCAUCAUCAGGAAUACUGACUGUUUUCGACUUCUCAGGAAGAGGCUAUUUCUCAGGAAGGAAAAAUUCAUUUAAAGCUAGAAUAUUCAAAAAUGCUAUUAACUUCCAUAUGAAGAAAGAACCUGUGUAUACGAUAUGUGGUCAAUGGUCCGGCUUAUCGACGAUUACAAAGAAUGAAAUACCAAAUACUAUAUGUAAUGUUCCAUUUUAUGAUUCUAACAGAACUCUCGUAGAACAUUUGAUUGUGAAACCAAUCGAAGAACAACAUCCUCUAGAGAGUAGAAAUGCAUGGAAGGAAGUUGCAGAAGCAAUAAGACUGCAAGAUUUUGGUUUAAUUGGAAAAGCAAAAAGUGCUUUAGAAAACUCUCAAAGAGCAUUGCGAAAGGAAGAAGAAGCCAAGGGCGUUGAUUGGAAAAGAAGAUGGUUUAUCGAUGUUAACUAUUCCAAAGUUAAUACAACGAAUCAAGAUGAUGUAUAUAUUAAGCUGGCAUCUAUGUUAAAUGCCUCCAUGAAGAAUGUUCCCAGUGGUACCUUAUUAGGUGAAAAGGAGGACAAAAAGGUUGUAACGAGCUCUAUGCAUUGGAGGUUUCAAAGGGACUUGUGGGAUGAAGAAAAAGAAGUGGUUGCUUGA